UGGAAACUUUGACAGGCCGUGUAAUUUGAGUUGCCUAUAACAACUUAAAUCGGGGAAAUAUAAAAGUCUAAAUAUAAAAGUAACAUAAAAACAUAAUCAAGGACUUCUUCACUUUGUAUAAAACAGUCACUAAUUUAGUAUUUAAAUGGUUUUAAAAUUAUUAACUCCCAAAUACUUUAGGAAAGUAGGUAUUUGUUUUGAUAAAUACAAAUAACAAUUCUGAAAAGUAUCUAAACACCAAGUAUGGCACUGUGUACUCUAUUUAUCCCCUAAAUACAAAAAAGUGGUUAAAUUUUGAAAUAUGUACUGCCAAUCAGCAUUAGGCCUUAGCCAAGUUAAAAUAUUCAACGAACUGUAAAUACUGAUUCAAUCGGGUCCAUUUAUAUAGGCAACUCAAAUUACACGGCCUGUCAAAUUCUCCACUACCUUGUCUGUCUCUCUCUAGGACCUCUCUCUUGUAUGUUGGUGUCAAUCUUGCUUCACUAUUUGAAUGGGACAUGGCCAUUCCAUCCGUAUUGACAGUUCAUUGACAUGAAUACAUGAACAUAGAAAGAAGUAAACAUUUAGGACAACGGACAAGGAAAGAGAAGUAAACCAAAACUCUAAAUUUAUAUUUUUGUUUUGUGUUAAAGUUAAAGGAAAUUAGGAAAUGAACAUCAAAAUAAUAUGAUCAAAAUCAAGCGCGAACUUUUCUUUGUGUUUCGUUUAUAGUCUGGAAUUUGUAUAUUGAUUUAUUUACUUUUUGUACCUAUGUUUAAUUAUUAUUGAAAUACAAAACUAUCAAAUGGAAGUAAAGCAAGAAGUUAGUGAUGGGGCGUAUAAAGCAGAAGAGACGUGUUAUAAAGCUGUAAAUGAGGGUCGUUUGAAUAUUUGUAAAAUUGAUAUCAAGGAGGAACCCAAACCAAAAAGCGCAUACGAUGCAUUUGAUUAUGUAGAAUUCCCCAUAAAGACUAAAAUAGAACAAGAGGAACAUAAACUUACGUCAUGUGAAGAAAUACAAACAAAUCCAGAGGGCUUUCCCCAAGACCAGGACACGUUGGAGAGUAUGAAAACAAUUGACACACAUUCAUGGAAUGAAAAACAACCUGUGAGUCACCCAGCUGAAGAAAAAACAUUGAAAUGUGAAAUUUGUUUUAAGCUGUUUGCUAAAAAAAUGCGUUUAGACGAACAUAUGAGAAUUCACUCUACAGAAAAACUUCACAAGUGUGACAUUUGUCUUAAGCAAUUUCGUGCAGCAGACAGUGUGAUACGACAUAUGAGAUCACACACUGGAGAAAAGCCUUACAAGUGUGAAAUUUGUUUAAAGCAAUUUACUACAGCAACACAUUUGAAAGUACAUUCGAGAGUACAUACUGGUGAGAAACCUUACAAGUGUGAGUUGUGUCUUAAGCGAUUUAGUGUAGCAAGUGCUUUGAAAAGACAUUUGAGAGUGCACACGGGAGAAAAGCCUUACAAGUGUGAAAUUUGUUUUAAGCCAUUUUCCCGAGUUUACACAUUUAAACAACAUAUCAAAUUGCACUCUGAAGAAAAACCUCACAAGUGUGAGAUUUGUUUUAAGCAGUUUAGUACAGCACAGUGUUUAAAAUACCAUCUGGGAACACACAGUGGAGAAAUGCCUUUCAAGUGUGGAAUUUGUUAUAAGCAGUUUUCUCAGAAAGGACAUUUGGAUAGUCAUCAUUUAAUCGUGCACAAGUGCGAAAUUUGUUUUAAGCAGUUUCAAUCAACAAAUCACUUAAAAAGGCAUUUGAGAGUGCACACUGGUGAAAAACCUUACAAGUGCAAGAUUUGUUCUAAGCAAUUUAGUGAAUCAAAUUCUCUGAAAAGACAUUUGAGAGUGCACACUGGAGAAAAGCCUUACAAGUGUGAAAUUUGUUUUAAGCCAUUUACUCAAGAUGCAGAUCUGACAAGACAUUUAAGGAUACACAUUGAAGACAACCCUUACAAGUGUGAAAUUUGUUUGAAGCAGUUUAGUCAAUAUGGAAAUUUGAAAAGCCACAUGAAAGUGCACACUGGAGAAAAGCCUCACAAGUGUGAAAUUUGUUUUAAGCGUUUUAGUGCAGCAGUUAGUUUGAGAAAGCAUUUAAGGAUACACACUGGAGAAAAGCCUUACAAAUGUGAAAUUUGUUCUAAGCAGUUUGCUCGAUUAGAUAAUAUGAAAAAUCAUAUGAAUACACACCGGAGAAAAAAGUUACAAGUGUAAAAUUUAUUUUAAUUCUUUCAGUCCCACUUUUUUUACUUAACCCGCGAUUACACGCGCUAUGAGGGAAUACCUCACCAUAUUUGUUUAUAACCAAUAAAAUUGUCUUAACCUUAGAUAUAUAAUACUCUAGAUUGCGCCCUGUCAUCUUAAAAUGGGUGACGGUUGCGACAGAGAUAAAUGAGCCUAUUUGGUCGUUAGUCUCUUUUUAAUUUAAGGGGAAUAUCGACGACGUGACUAUCCCACUUUAUCGAGUAAUAUGUAUUGACAGUUCGAGCGGGUGGUGACGAGAAAUGGUCUUUGGUCUUCGGACGUGGAUAAUCGUGGUUCGAAUCCCAUACCAACUUUACCUUUUUUAUUUUUAAUUUAAUCAAUAUUGCGUUUAUUAGAUAUUUUUACAUCUGAAAAAUGGACCUAAGUAAAUCUAGCAGAUAAUAAAUGUAUGUAUAGUAAGUUAAUAUUGGAAUACAUAAUUUGUGAACUGCAUAGUAAAAUAAAAGUCAUUCGUUAUUAACAUAAAUUCGGCCUUAUUCGAAUGAUGUGAAUAAUGUUUGUUUUGCUUCUACCUUUUUAAAUAAUUGUAACAAUAGUUUCAUAGAUAAAAAUAAUGUCAAAAACAGCAACGUCCACAAUUUUCAGAAACUAACUUUUUGAGAGGAAUAGACUCCUUUAAGAUAAACGUUGUGUGCAAAAACGACACCAGUCCAGUAAAAACAUUAGGAACAAAACUAACAUAUAACUCUGAAUUUUGAUGUCAUCCAUUUCAUCCAUCUUUCGACUAUAUAGUUUUAGUUUUCUUUGCUCUUCUGUAAAAUUAGGAAUAUGUGACUCGUGUUGUUUUUGAAAUGACCGAUUCAAUUAAUAAAUCGAUGGUACAUUAUGUUGAUAUUAAUUAUUGGUAAUUUGUACGAAUAUUUUUAACAAUUACUUUAUACUAUUCUACCAUUAACUUAUUAAAAAAAAUAGCAUUGGCUUUUAUAUUUUUAAAAAUAUAUAGGUACCUACACAGUUUUUCUUAUUUGUUAUAUAUUUCUUUGCAUAGAUUUAUUUUAGAGAUGUAAUAAUAUCUAAUAAACGCAAUAUUAAUUAAAUUAAAAAUAAAAAAAGUAACGAUUGGUAUGGGAUUCGAACCACGAUUAUCCACGUCCGAAGACCAAAGACCAGUUCUCGUCGCCAUCCGCUCGAACUGUCAAAACAUUUAAAUAAUACUCGAUAGAGUAGGAUAGUGACGUCGUCGAUACUCUCCUUGAAUUAGAAAGAGACUACCGACCAAAUAGGCUCAUUGCAGGGCGCAAUCUAGAAUACUAUAUAUCUAUGGUCUUAACUAAUACGAUAACCUUGAGUACCCAGGAAUGCCUUUAGCAUCGUUCAUGAGAGGGCAUGACAAAAUUAUAAAAUAUUUCAGGCGGUCAGUGUGCUGUAUGAUACUUAACCCGCCGUUACACGCGUCUUCUAUUGUGACGUGGUUGCACGCGUAUGAGCGUCGCCCUCACCUACAUAAAUUCGACUUAUUUCGAGGAAGAAUGAAUGUCAACAUGUAUAAAUAUAAAAUGGGUUGUACUCACAUAUUAUAGAAAGUCUCGUAAACCAAUUUUUUUAUUAAUUUAACAAAACAAAAGUAAAAAUAAUAUAGAUCAAAAGCAAGUUUUCUUAAUUUUCAAUUUCAGCAAGCCACUGAAGAAAUUAACCUUCUUUACGCGAAUUCAUUUUACUAAAAAUACAAGUUAAAAUUAAAAACUGUUCUGAAGCUGUUUCUUUGUGGCGUUUAUGUAAUUAACUAUUAAUAUUUUGUAUUUUGAUAACUACGUCCGAGGUGGAAUUCGAAACGUCAAUAAAAUCAAUUUUUCAAGUUAAAUUGUGACUUAUUUCCCAAUUAGAAUAGGUAAAUUUAAAAAUGGGUUCUUAACCAGUGGCGCACCUAGAAUUUUCCUCUGGGGGGGGGGAGCGAGGGGGGUUUGCUUGGGCACCGAAAGUUUUUUGUAUUAUUUGUGAAAGACAAGUUACAUUUUCCUACUUUUUUUUAUAUAUAUUUCUAUAUGCUCUGGGUGGGAAUUUCCCCCAAACCCCCCUCGGUGUGCCACUGUUCCUAACCUAAUCCAAACAAUAAUAUUUUAAUUAAACCUACCUAAAUAUUAAAUAAAAACCUAAAAGUUUCUUUGAGAUAAUAGAAACGUGAUUGCACGCGCAGUGAGGAAUUCUCUCACUUGAAGAGGGAUGUCUCUUCUUUCAACUAUCACAUAGCACACUGGCCGCCUGAAAUAUUCUAUAACUUUUUCAUACCCUCUCAUAAACCAUGCUAAAGGCAUUCCUGGGUGCUUGAGGUUAUCGUAUUAGUUUACACAAUUUCAUUGGUUAUAAACAAAUAUGGUGAGGGAUUUCCUCAUAGCGCGUGUAAUGGCGGGUUAAAAGAAGUGAUAUUCCUCUUCAAGGGAGAGAAUUCCUCACUGGUUAGAUUAGGAAUAGUGGCGCUCCGAGGGGGGGUUUGGGGUUAAAAUCCCUCCCAGAACAUAAUUAUAUAAAAGAAAGUAGGAAAAUGAAACUUGUCUUUCACAAAUAAUACCAAAAACUUUCGGUGCCCAAGCCAACCCCCGCCCCCCCCCAGAAUAAAAUUCUAGGUGCACCACUGGUUAAGAACCAAUUCUUAUUUUUACCUAUUCUAAUUGGAAAAUAAGCCACAAUUUAAAUUGAAAAUUGAUUUUAUUGACGUUUCGAAUUCCACCCCGGACGUCGUUAUCAAAAUACAAAAUAUUAAUAGUUAAUUACAUAAAUGCCACAGAGAAAUAGCUUCAGAACAAUUGUUAUUUUAAUUUAUAUUUUUAGUAAAAUGAUUUGCGAAAAGAACGUCAAUUACUUCAGUGGCUUGCUGAAAUUGAAAAUGAAGAAAACAGCGAAGGUUAUAAAAAUAUUAAUAUUAUGAAAAUACUAAUAUUGAAUUGCCGCGAACAUAAGACCUAUCCCUGUAUUGUUACGAAUGCAAAUAUGGGACCAUUUGGGAAUUCGAGAUGAAGCAGAGCCUGUGGAAAUGGAACAAGUAUCAAAUAAAUGUGCAUACUGUCCUAAGAAGAAGAACAGAGAAACUCAGACAUAAUGCUGCAAGCCAAAUUGUAGAAGACGAAUUUGUAAGGAACACACAAAAACUUUGUUUAAUUCCUGUUGGGAAAUAGAGAAGGAAUAAUCUGAGUAGAUGUAUUUAUUAUCUUAGAUGUGUGCAAUAUUUUUAAAACUUUUCAUGGUGUAUUGAUUAUCUCUUUUGUCUAUUAUCAUAUCAUUUUUGCUUUAUGUAUUUGACAUUUUUAUACUUUUGAUCUAUAUUAUUUGUACUUUUGUUUUGUUAAAUUAAUAAAAAAAGAAUGUGUGUGUACUUUGUACGCACGUAAGAAGUUAUACUUCUAUUAUGUGAUUUCGACGAAAUAAAUAUACUUUCGGACAGUUUAUUUAUAUUUUAUUUAAAGAUUAGACUAAUUUUUACUUACUACUUUCCAAAACUUUUGAUUAAAACGUUACCAAAAAUUAGAAAACACCCGGAUUCGAACCGGGGACCUCUUGAUCUCCAGUCAAACGCUCUACCACUGAGCUAUACUCCUUUUGUUUGUGAGGGUACGGACUACAAGAUUUGUCAGACAAUGUGUCAAACAGACCAAGUGAAGUACAAAAAUACUGUAAAUAUUACUUUUAUUAUCUUAUUCCCGAGGUAGACAAAUCCAAAGAUACAAAAAUUAUAAUAAAUAUAUUUACUAAAAACACUAAUAUAUUCUUUCCACAUCUUUUUUGGACUAUAAUACAAAGAUAACUAACAUUUAGCAACGAACUCCAUACUGUCUGUGUGCACAUGCGCGCAGAAUUAUAAAAAUUCACUCAAAAUCGCGCCUAAAGAAGUAUAACUUCAAAAAAAUGGUUUAAGAGACUUUGUAUAUGUGAGUACAACCCAUUUUAUAUUUAUACAUAUGUUGUGCAUUCAUUCUUCCUUGGAAAUAAGUCGAAUUGAUGUAGGUGAGGGCGACGCUCAUACGCGUGCAACCACGUCACUAUAGAACACGCGUGUAACGGCGGGUUAAGGCCAUGGGGACAUAAUUCGCAAAUAUUUUACGGCUAUCCCUACUUUUUCUGUCUUUACACGGCAAAUUACGUGUAGUAAAAUUCACACUGGUAUGGAUAUGUAAACAUUACUAGAAUGUCAUUCUACUUGAAAAUGUCAUCAUUAACUUUAAGAUAUGGCUUUUGAAUGUUCUUGGAUAACUGUUAUUUGUAUAUUGCAAAUUAUUAAUUCAGUUAAUAAAUAUGAUAAUUUUUUCACUAACUAUGUAUUCAGUGAUUGUAAUAAUUUAUAUGUACAACAAAAACUAAUACUCAAUCGAGAAAAGAGGAAAAGUGUUAAAGUGAUUUUUUAAUCAUAUAUUGUUACUAUGGAACGCUUACAAUUUUGAACAUCUUUAACAACAAAAUACUUGGAUCACAGAAUAUAUCCUGAUGUAUUCUCUGUUUGGAUCUUCCAUAAAUAAUAAAGAAUAAAUAACUUUUUAUUAAGUUCACGUCUUAAAUCAAUUAUUUAUCAAAUACACUAUAUAUCAAUGGCUGCGUUCACCAGAAUUAAUCGGUUUAAGUUUCAACUGAACAGGUGUGUUUCAGAGCUUUAAAACUACGUUCAGUCGUGCGAAUGGUAUUUUUCCGUUUGGCACUUUCAUAGUUAGUUUUGUUUGUGUUGUCACCUGUUCUAUGAACUUAACCUAAAACGAGAUUUGUUGUUUUUGUUUAUUUAUAUCGUUCAAUGAUAACUUAAACGUGUCUUAAACAAAUUUAAUUCAAAAAUGGAUAAUAUACUAGAUAAUACCUU